AUGAAACUUGCUCUGCCAAUUCUUGCGGCUAUUGCUACCUCUUCAGAGGCCGCCUUUUGUAAUGGAGGAUGGGGUUUACCGUCAGGGUCUUCAUGUCCCAGUCCCUAUGUGAGUACAGCACGGAUCACUAGAAAACCAGCACCUACUGCUGGUCCUUCUGCUGUCAAGAACCAGGAAGUCCAAAUCCGACUUUCCCUACAUUUAGGACUUGCGUAUACCCUGGUAGGAGUGGACAGCCCGCCCUCGACUCUUGCAACGGUAGCGGAUUUAUCCAAUGCUGCACCAUUUGAGCAUUUGCGUACUAUACCCUGA